AUGGCUAGUCCUCGCACUCGACGCGUCCUGAAGGAACUACGUCCUCUCAGUCAAAAUAAUUUUUUUAGUUUUGUACGUUCGGUAACUAUGGACAAAUGGAAAGAUGUGGAAUUGGCGAAAAUGCGAGUGGGAGGAAAUCAGAAAUUUCGCGAAUUUCUAGAGAGCCAACCAGAUUACCGUGAGGACUGGUCUCUACACGAUAAGUACAAUUCACGUGCUGCUGCUUUGUUUAGAGAUAAGGUACAGAGUUUUCUUGCUUUAUUUGGAGUUGCAAACGGUUUCAAUAGCUCUGAUCAGGUUGCAACAGAAGCGGAGGGUGGCGAAUGGUCUGCGGCUACGUCAGCAGCACGUAACUACGUUCCGUCUUCACUUGGCGCUGGAGAUAGGAUUAGAGGUGAUACAUCAAGGUUUUCCUCUGCCACUAGCUUAGGAUCAUAUUAUGGAGGAAAUGCAGCAGCAUAUUCAGAUGGAGGUGGAUACAACACAAGUGACACCAGCCAAAGCGACGAACGCUACCGUGGCUUCGGAAACACUGUUGACUCGGCUAGUACGCAAGAUGAUCUUUUGGCUGGUGCCAUGUCGUCUCUUUCUAUGGGUUGGAGCAUAAUUUCAAGAGGAGCUUCACAGGCUGCUGCUAUUGCUAAAGAUUGUUUGUUCUUUAAAAUGAGCUUGUAUUUAUUAUUCUUUCACUUUUCUAAGGCAAAUAACGGUGGAAUCCUUUUUGGAGUAGCCAGCAAAGCCACAGAAAUUGGACAGAAGUCAUGGGGCGGAAUCUCGCAAUUCGUCAAAUCGCCGUCUUUGCAAGGUCUCGGAAGUAUUUUACCAAAAUCGUGA